AAAUCGUUUAGAAACUGGGAUUGAUUGUUCGUGUAUGACCCUUACUAAUCGGCCUCUUUGCUUUCCAGAACGCGCCAUGCUCGGUAUUUAAUGUCUUAAAAACUCCGCGCCAACAUGUUCAAGAGGGGAGGAUUAGGAAUACAGAUAGUUAGUAAUCCUGUGAUCCCACAUUGUUCAUUACCAAGGUCGCCGUGGUGCUCGGCUACCUGCCUGUUGUCUUCGCAUUUGUUUCUUCCCGGAUCCCCGAGGCAUUACAAUAGAGUGUACUUCGUGUGAGUAAUAAAUCCUGAAUAGGAAUCAAUGAUACAAGAUUCAUUAUGACGGCUUUUAAACAUACCGACCUGCCCGCUCGAGUACGUCAUGCAGAGUCACGACAGUCCGUUCCCAGGUUGAUUUGUCAAUGUUUCUAGCUAUGGGACGAUUCAUCCGGUGGCGGGAACUAGCAUAGUCCCGAACGUAGCUGGGUACGUAAGGGAGUGAUGGGCUAUAUAUGUGCCUACUUAGAGUGGCAGAAUGGAAUACCUCAUCCAAGCCAAUCCGUGUCUUUAUAACUGUAUUUCGUAUGCAGGCUAUCUGUGUGACAUAACUUUCCUAGGUAGCCAUGUCUCAAUAUCUCGAAAGUAGGGCCGCAUUCGAAAGCCACUUUGUGGGCUUCCUCUACCGUCAAUGGCUUAUGUACCCAAAACCGAUACCCCGAGCGACUACCCUGAAAGGACAGACAGCUAUCGUUACUGGCGCCAACUCCGGCCUUGGAUACGAAACUGCACGCCAGCUACUUCAGCUUGGUCUUACACACCUCAUCGUGGGUGUACGAUCACAGGCCCGAGGCGAUGCAGCAGCGGCUAAGUUACGGGACGAGUUCCCAGGUUCAAAGAUUUGGGUAUGGAUCGUCGAUAUGGUUUCCUAUGACUCCGUAACUGCGUUUGCGCGGCGAUGUGAGACGCUUCCGCGGAUCGAUAUCGUGCUCUUGAAUGCUGGCCUAAUUAGCAUCGAGUUUACACUUAUCAAAGCCACACAACACGAGCAAACCGGCCAGGUCAAUUACCUAUCCACAGCUUUGUUAACUGUCCUAUUAUUACCGAUUCUUAAAUCCAAGAAGUCAUCGUCGCCGGGCGCACAACCGCCGCGCCUCUCUGUUGUUGCUUCGGAUACGUUUUACUGGGCGCCACCAUUCAAAACAGGAGGCCCUGUUUUACCUCAGCUUGACGAGAUUGAGGGGUUUGCACCCAUGAAAGUGUAUUCGAGGAGUAAGCUCCUACAAAUGAUGUUCUUUUCCCGACUCGCAGAGCAAGUUAACGCCGACGAUGUGGUUGUCAAUGUGUGCAACCCAGGCUUAUGUAGAGACACCUCAUUUGGCGGCAGCAAGAAGCAGACCUCUUUAGGAGAUGUCAUCUUUUGGUUCUUUAUAAAUAUUAACGGGAGGACGGUGAAGGCUGGUACUAGCGCUGUAGUCGACGCUCUCGUUGCUAAGGGUGCCGAGAGUCACGGCAGUUAUGUUAGUGAUUGGUCUAUACAACCGUAAGUACAAUCCCUAGUGUCAAUUUUAAGGCUUAAAGCUGAUUAGAAGACAGAUACCCGACACUAUUCUACACAAAGGAAGGUCAAAGGAUGAAAGAGAGGGUAUGGCAGGAAACGAUGGAGGAGCUUAAUUUCGCUGGCGCGUCCAAGAUCAUUCAAGACAUGAAGCGAUAACUUAAUGGUAUGGAUUUAUUUAUGUGUUUAAAGACAUUACAAGGCUUGCAAGUGUAGCAUUUUACGGACUAGCGAGCGUUAUUUCAUGGGUUGACGCGACAAUUGGAAUUUGGACGUGUACGGAUAGGAGUCAGAUGUAUGACUACUCUUGAUAACUCUUCUCUACAUACUAUGUGACUAAUCUAAUUAUUAACUAAUAAU